GUAGCAGUGAUAAACAUUGACAAGCAGCUGUUCCGUCAGUAUUACGUUACAGAGCUCACGUGUUCUGUUUUACUGCGUGAGUGCAUCCAAACGUUGUGGAGUAAAUCAGUUUGGAGCUCUAAUACAGCAAUGGAUCCCGUCAUAAAAAUAAACCCGGGAGCAUCGAAAUGGGACAUUCGUCAGAAAGUUUGGGACUACAUAGAAGAAAGGAAUCUGGCAAACUUUCCGAGGCCUGUCCAUAACAGAAUCCCAAAUUUCAAGGGUGCUUUUGCUGCCUGCGCCAAGGUGUCGGAGCUGCAGGCAUUCACCCAUACACCUGAGGUGAAGGUGGAUCCUGAUAAACCUCUGGAGGGUGCCCGGCUGGCAGUGCUGCAGGUAGCACGGAAAACUUUAUUGGUCCCAACUCCUCGUCUUCGUACGGGUCUUUUCAAUAGGAUUACUCCUCCCCAAGGGGCUAGCAAAGAACAAUUACGCAUAUGUGCUUCCUCUCAGGGUGUGAAAGACUACAGUGUACCUGUUGACCUGGAUGCAAAAAUAAAAAUUGACCUGAUGGUGGUUGGUUCUGUGGCAGUGUCAGAGAAAGGAUUUCGGAUUGGAAAAGGAGAAGGCUUUGCUGACCUAGAGUAUGCAAUGAUGGCUUCGAUGGGUGCUGUGAAUGAGUCUACUGUGGUGGUUACUGUUGUCCAUGACUGCCAGGUCUUGGACAUUCCAGAGGAUCUAAUGGGAAGUCAUGACCUGAGUGUAGACUACAUUCUCACACCAACCAGAGUUAUUAAGACAGAUUGCCAGUUACCUAAGCCACGUGGAAUAAUCUGGAAUAAGCUGGACACAGAAAAGCUGCAAAAGAUCCCCAUCCUGAAGAAGCUUCGUGCCCUUGAAGAACAGGCUGGAAAGGAUGUCACACUUGGAGCAGCGCCUGUUGAAGCAGAGGCUGGUCUGCACACCGGUCCACCAAAAAGGCAAACCAGACGGAGGCCGAGGCACAACACACAGCAGGAUGCUGAAGGAGAAUCCAGCCAGGACUCUAGACGGGAAAAAAGAGUAGAGGGAGAACUGAAAGCCAGACAGCAUCCGACUAGAAUGAGUAAAGAAAGCAGAGGAGACGGCAAGGCAGGUAAUGAGCAAGAAAUUGGCAAGACAGUAAAGGGAAAAAGCAGAAGGAACACAAAGGAACAGGGCCCAGAAGAGGGUGGAAGUGAAGUAAAACUUCAGCAUAAGCUCCAUCUGAGUGUGACCACAGUUUACUUGGGAGGAAUCCCUGCUGGGUUGCGUGUUAGUGAGCUGAAAACCGCCCUCCGAGAGAGGGAGGCCACUCCGCUGAGGCUCACCUGGCAGGGAGCUCAGCACAGGGCCUUCCUGGACUACAGUGACCCCCAGGCUGCAGAUCAGGCCCUGGAGGCUCUGCAGGGUCUCUCUCUGAAUGGCCACAGUCUGCAGGCUGAGCUGGCCAAGAGCCAGCGAGGAGGCAGGAAAUCUGGACAGUCCAGUAGGAGACAAAAACCACCAGCAGCUCUGAAGCCUGAAGUAUCAGUGGCAGAUGUUAAGAGGGAUGUCACAGAAAAGACUAAGCAGUCAAAGCAGUAAGAAAUACACCUACUAAAUUGCUUAAGGUGUUUAUAAUUUUGGACAAUUGUAAACACCUUAACAAGAGUUUAGCUUGUUUUUUGUUUAAAAAUAUUUCUAGAUUUAUUGGUAGAGGAACUCCAGUUAUGUGAACUUAAUAGGCUUGACAAAAAUAAUAAUACCUGAAAAUAUGAGAGUAGUGAUACUUUUGCUGACUGAGACUAAUUCUAAAAGAACUAGCCUUUUGGUACAUGCUCUACCAGGUGGGCCAUAGGGACACCCCCUCGUAUGUGCCUUUUUUUUUUUCAGUUUACAUUUGUCUUUAUAACUUUUCUUCCUUCAAAGUGCCUUUUAUCAGAGAUUCUUAGAAACACACGACACAUUUUCUUUCAAACUAUAGACUAUAAACUAUAGUCAUUUUGCUACCAUACAAUCUUUUUUUUUUUUUUAUUCAUUUUAGUGCUGGGUUUUUUUUUGUUUUGUUUUUUUUAAGGUCAGCUCUCAGUAUUGUCUCCUCCAAGAAGGUCACAUGUUUGUCUGCAUGUUAGUUGUUUAAAAAAUGGUUAGAUUUUUUUUUUUUUUUAAAUGGCACCUCUGUGUGGCAAGUUACAUAGUUUGAUCAUUUCAGUCAUGAAGCUAGGAGUAAAAUAUAAAAUCUCUUCUUCUAAAACUAAUGUUUGCAUGGUGGCUACAACAUUAUUUGACCAUUCAGACAGAUUUUUCUGUCAUUUGUUUUUUCAUUGUCCAAAUUCACCCUAUUUUAGAGGAACAUGAGCACCCCCCAAUGCUGUGCCACUUUGAUGAAACUACAGAAAUGUAGUGACUUUAUAUUAGCCAUGAUUUACUUGUGAUUGUUGACUGAAUUGAUCCUUGUAUAUAAUGCAGGAUUUAGAUCUCUAAAAAUUAGCACAAUUUUUCUAUAUAUUUUUUUUUAUUAAACUCUCAAUUUAGGUGGUUACAAACAUAAACAGAGG